AUGAAGUGGCUAAUUGUGGCUAUUCUUGUGAUUACAUGCGAAACAAUUUCGGCUGCUUUUGCGCCUCCUGGGUCGUGUCCAGCCGUAUGUAUGUGUAAAUGGAAGGGUGGUAAACAGACGGUGGAGUGUGUGGAUCGGGCUUUAAUCACGGUCCCCGAGCCUGUGGACCCCGCGACUCAAGUGUUGGACCUUUCAGGAAACAAUUUACAAAUACUGCCACAGGAGGCUUUCGCCAGGACGGGACUCGUUAAUUUACAAAGAGUGUAUUUAAGAAGUUGCAAUAUCGGGCAAAUUAACGACCGUGCGUUUAAAGGUCUCACGAAUUUAGUGGAGUUAGAUCUUUCGAAUAACUUGCUUACGCAAAUACCAUCGUAUAGUUUUAAGGAUGCUCCAUUUCUUAGAGACCUUGCUUUGGCACAUAAUCCUAUUUUAAAAAUACAUUCUGAUGCCCUUAACAACCUUGGCAGCUUAGUGAAACUUGACCUAUCGCGGUGUGAGAUAAGAGAUAUAGCUGCCGACGUAUUUAGGAAUCUACAUUCCUUGGAAUCUUUAAAACUGAAUGGUAACAAUCUCCGAGAGUUACCAUUGAGUUCUUUAGAAAAGCUCGAGAAAUUAAGAGUAAUUGACCUAUCAGAAAACCCUUGGAUAUGUGACUGUCGUUUAAGAGAUCUUAAGAUGUGGCUCGCGAAUCAUAAAUUAUUUUCUAGUCCUUCUUGCUCAGCACCACCUAGAUUGGUGGAUAAAGCUUUCUCCGAACUAUCUCUUGACGAAUUUGCAUGCAAGCCGGAAAUCUUACCUGUGAGUAGACAUGUUGAAGCUUCAGUUGGAGAAAAUACCACUGUAAUAUGUAAAACGGAAGCUGUACCAAGCGCUAACAUACAUUGGUAUUGGAAUGGCCGACUUUUACAAAACGGCAGUAAUUUUAAUUCACAUCAAAGUAUAUACAUUUUCGAAGCAGGUGAAGCAAAAAAGAGAUCUUCGUUAGUUUUAACGAAUACACAGGAGACAGAUUCUACGGAGUUUUACUGUGUCGCAGACAAUAAGGGUGGAAAUGCAGAAGCAAACUUUACAGUUCACGUCACACAAAUGCCAAUGGCAUCUUUAGGUAGCGCUCAAAUAGCUAGUUUGGGAGCGGCAUUAUUCUUAGUUAUUAUUGUAAUUUCUUUGGGACUUCUUAUUACAUUUGUACGAUUCCGUCCUGUGACCGCAUCGGAAAGCAAAACACCGAAUACUUUAGACAGAGUGGUCUCUGGGAAUGAAGUACAUCCAACUGUUAAUGAUAGACCACAUGUUGCAGUUUUAGCUAAUCGACAAGAAACUACGAAUUAUGAUGAGAGAAAAUGCCAUUCUAUAACAAAACCUCCACGAACGAAUGAUAUUCCAUAUACAACAAACCAUUAUGAAGGUCGUGGCAGUAUAGUUACCACUGGAGGGACCGUGGCAGUCUCUCCUACUAUUUCGGGGGGAAUCGAUCCAGAUCUUAUAAACGAUACCCGGCCAGAUAGCGUAACUAGACCUGAGAGUGGCGAAUAUGCCCGUGAGGCAUCUGACUCCUUAUAUCCAUCGGGCCUCUGGGAUCAGAUUAAAAUGAACCAAGCGAAUAACUUAGCACGCGCUGUUAGUUCGGCCAUCCCAGCAUAUUACAAUGAUCGGACUCCCAUAAUAGAAAAUAGUAGCGUAAAUGGUUCUCAAGAAGAAUUAGGCUAUACAAGUAGAACGUUUCCACGUUCGCAUGCCUUAACAACUGUCCCUACAGCACCGGGCGAUGGUCCUUAUCCGCCUGACUAUGGCUUGCCAGUUGGAUCAGCGCGAACAUUACGUGUUUGGCAACGUGCCCCGCCUGUACUUCCACCCGUAUCGGCCUUAAAGAGAGUGUUAACUAUAACUAGGCCUUCAGAGGAUAGUUUUCACGAUGGCUGUGCCACAGAUGUUUAG